AUGAAACUUGAGAAGCCACCUAAAGCUAAAUCAUUUAGUGGAGUUGGGCAGUUCCCAAGUGUCCAACAAGAAGGCCUGCUUUAGGCUGCGAUGGCCACUGUCAUUCCUGGUGAUUUGUCAGAAGUAAGAGAUACCCAGAAAGUCCCUUCAGGGAAACGUAAGCGUGGUGAAACCAAACCAAGAAAAAACUUUCCUUGCCAACUGUGUGACAAGGCCUUUAACAGUGUUGAGAAAUUAAAGGUUCACUCCUACUCUCACACAGGAGAGAGGCCCUACAAGUGCAUACAACAAGACUGCACCAAGGCCUUUGUUUCUAAGUACAAAUUACAAAGGCACAUGGCUACCCAUUCUCCUGAGAAAACCCACAAGUGUAAUUAUUGUGAGAAAAUGUUUCACCGGAAAGAUCACCUGAAGAAUCACCUCCAUACGCAUGACCCCAACAAAGAGACGUUUAAGUGUGAAGAGUGUGGCAAGAACUACAACACCAAGCUCGGCUUCAAGCGUCACCUGGCCUUGCAUGCCGCAACGAGCGGCGACCUCACCUGCAAGGUCUGCCUGCAGACUUUCGAGAGCACGGGAGUGCUGCUGGAGCACCUUAAAUCACACGCCGGCAAGUCGUCCGGCGGGGUGAAAGAGAAAAAGCACCAGUGCGAGCAUUGCGAUCGCCGCUUCUACACCCGGAAGGAUGUCCGGAGACACAUGGUGGUGCACACGGGAAGGAAGGACUUCCUCUGUCAGUAUUGUGCACAGAGAUUUGGGCGGAAGGAUCACCUGACUCGACACAUGAAGAAGAGUCACAAUCAAGAACUUCUGAAGGUCAAAACCGAACCGGUGGACUUUCUGGAUCCAUUCACCUGCAACGUUUCUGUGCCUAUAAAAGAUGAGCUCCUCCCGGUGAUGUCCUUACCUUCCAGCGAACUGUUGUCAAAGCCAUUCACAAACACUCUGCAGUUAAACCUCUAUAACACUCCGUUUCAGUCCAUGCAGAGCUCGGGACCUGCCCACCAAAUGAUCACAACUUUACCUUUGGGAAUGACGUGCCCAAUAGAGAUGGACGCUGUCCAUCCUUCUCACCACCUUUCUUUCAAAUACCCAUUCAGUUCUACCUCAUAUGCCAUUUCUAUUCCUGAAAAAGAACAGCCACUAAAGGGGGAGAUUGAGAGUUAUCUGAUGGAGCUGCAAGGUGGCGGGCCUUCCUCAUCCCAGGAUUCCCAAGCAUCAUCAUCUAAACUAGGGUUGGAUCCUCAGGUCGGGUCCCUGGAUGAUGGUGCAGGGGACCUCUCCCUGUCAAAAAGCUCUAUUUCUAUCAGUGACCCCCUAAAUACGCCUGCCUUGGAUUUUUCCCAGUUGUUUAAUUUCAUACCCCUCAAUGGCCCUCCCUAUAAUCCUAUCUCAGUGGGGAGCCUCGGAAUGAGCUAUUCCCAAGAGGAAGCACAUUCUUCUGUGUCUCAGCUGCCCCCGCAGACACAGGAUCUUCAGGAUCCUGCAAACACUCUAGGUCUCGGCUCCCUGCACUCCCUGUCAGCAGCGUUCACCAGUAGUUUCAGCACGAGCACCACACUGCCACGUUUCCAUCAAGCUUUUCAGUAGGAGUCCCAGACGUGGACUGAUCACAGAAACCUAUGUGUAGCCCUGCCUUAGAGGACCAUUUUUAUUUUAGUGCCUACUUUAAAACCGCAUAAAAACUUCUGCUUUUGUACAGUACCAAUUUUCAUUAAGACAGUAUGAAAUAGAAACAAGCUUUAUAAAUGAGCUUUGGAACCGUUUGCGUUCAGUUAUGUUUACCUGGUAUUUUGUCCACACUCACUGCCAAUUGUCAUAUUUUAAGAUGCUUUUUCCUCUAGGAAAGCCAUUAUUAGCAGUAAAGUCUUACGAGUCCCACAUUCAAAUUGCUUUGAGAUCUUAAAAUUUUCAGUUCUGUUCAAUAACAGUGGCUCUAGCUUUUGACAUUUGUCUCAUUAAAGAUGUUUGCAACAGAAU